AUGAAGCUUCUGAACAUCCUGAUCACUGCUAUACCAGGGCUGCAAAAAACCACACUAGGCAAAGAACUUGUGUCAAGGUCAGAACUGAAGUACAUAAAUGUGGGUGAUUUAGCUUGGAAAGGGCAGUUAUAUGAUGACUAUGAUGAAGAUUAUGGUUGUCCCAUUUUAGACCAAGAUAGAGUUGCUGAUGAGUUAGAGAAGCCAAUGAGAAAAGGCAGCAUUACUGUUGGUUACCAUGGUUUUGAUUCUUUUCCUGAACACUGGUUUCAUAUAGUGUCUGUGCAGAGAACAGAUAAUGGUAUAUUGUGCAAAAGACUUGAAACUAGGGGUUAUAAGGAGAAGAAACUACAAGACAACAUUCCGCGUGAGAUUUUUCAAGUUCUUUAUGAAGAAGCCAUAGCAUCUUACAAAGAAAAAAUUGUGCACCAGCUGCCCAGCAAUAAACCAAAAGAGCUAGAGGGUAAUAUCCACCAAAUCUCAAAAUGGAUUGAGCAGUGGGUCAAAGAUCAUAACUCACAACUUACAGACUGGCCAGCCAGGUGCGGUGGUGCAUACCUUUAAUUCCAGAUCCCGGGAGACAGAGGCUGGUCUACACAGUGAGCUGUAGGCCAGCCAGGGCUGCAAAGGGGGAAAAUGCAUUGCCAUGGUACAGCCAUCCCUGCUGUAUCACUCCAUCUACUUAAUAGAAAUUGCCCAAGGGUCAGCAGAAGGAAACUAUUUUGCACUUCUAGCUGCUGCCUGGAUUUAUUUAUUUAUUUUUUCCUCCAUGAGAAAGUUUAAACAAUCUCAAAUGUGAACAUAAAAUAUUAAGGAUUAAGACUGAAAAUUGUCAUCAAUUGAUAAAUAAUCAAUCUAAUCAAUGGGUACAUAUCUUU